AAUUGUUUAACUGAAAAAUAUAUAACUAUCUAAACAUUUUGUUGUUGUUAUUGUCGUUGUCGUUGAUGAACAUACUAUACGAUUAUAGUCCAAACCAUACUUAACAUAAAUGUCUCGACAAAUGUUUAACUUGUGUUUAACUGGUUUACUAAUAAAAUCCUAUCAUCCUAUGAUGCCAUAUGAUGAUCGGUGUCGAUACCAAUUGCCAGCAACACCAACAACCACUUCAUCAGUACCAUCACCACCACCACCACUAUUGCCAGUAUUAGCUAAUAGUUUUGGCAAACUGUUUGGCGCCAUUACCACCACCACCACCACCACCAUCGCCACCAUCACCAGUCGUUUGCGAUGCGCUCAUCAGUUGACAAUCGACGAGAUUUAUAGAGAAUCAUUGGCACAGACAGUCAAUCUAGUAGUGAAAGGCUAUUCCUGUAGUCCAAUACGCGGUACCGGUUGUGUUGUCUUCGUAGAGAACGGUCUGGUCCUUACCUGUGCUCAUGUCGUAGCAGAUAUGCGUCAGUCUAGUCUAUACUAUAAUACGUUGCUAAAUGUUUGGCCGGGUAGUCGUCGAGCUCGGGUACUAUAUGUUGAGCCGCACCACGAUCUGGCACUUGUGAAGAUACAAUAUACCAGAACUACCAACGAUAAGCUCAAACAAGAUCUGGUGGCCUACGAUCUCCAAUUCACACCAGCCAUCGAUUUUGGAGACGAUAUUAUCUGUUUUGGUUAUCCCACGGAUAACCGCCUGACAGUGACCACCGGCUGUACAGCUUGUCCUCAGUGUAUAGAAUACAACAGAGAAGAAAUUUAUGUUCCGAUGGCCAGUGGACACCAUGAAAGCCGAAGCGGUGUAAGCUCUGGUUUCUCUGGCGGUCCAGUAGUCGAUUUAGACGGAGAAUUGAUUGGCAUUACUCACAGUCUAUUACUCACAGAAUCUAUUAGAAUACGAUCCGCUUCUCGUACUAGUAUUUAUGAUCCAGAUAACAUAGGAUUUAUAAAAAAUGCCAUAAAGUAUGAUAAGGAAAAGAUUGAUUACAAAAAUAAUCGUAAACUUUUUAUGAGUCAAAGUUAUACACUGGACAGUCCAUUUGGUGGAUAUCAACCAUCACCACCACCACCAGCAAAAAAAACAACCAAAAAACAAAAAGGACCUAAAGUUCAGGUGACUGAUGAAAUCUGGAACCAACGGCGCCGUCGACGACUGCAAAUAGAGGUUUGUUGGUACAGUCCAUCUCGUAGUACCGAUUAUAUGAACUGCAGUUUAAUGACUGGCCAUCCAUUGCCGGAUGAAAAUAUCAAUCUAAGAGAAUACGGUAUAUUUGUUUAUCGAUAUUUCAACAAAAGAUAUGGAAAUGACGACAGUCUAUUGGAUUUUGAUAUAAUCAGAGAAAUCAAUGGCAAAAUUGUGGAGACUAUUGACGACCUAAGCCUAGCACUGGUAGCCAACAAUACUAUCCGAUUGGCUAUUGUUAGGUCUGAUCAACAAUUUGAUAUCAAUAUUAGUAGCGAAGAAUUGACGGGUAAUUUUAAUUAUAUUUAA